AUGUUUUUCAUGUAUGUCGCUCUGGUGAUGCUAAAGACACUGCCUGUACAGAGGAGCAGAAAGAAAUAUGUGUUGGUGACAAAUGAAUGCUCUGCACAAUGUCAGCAAACAGGACAUCAUUUACACAAACUGAACAGAGCUCCCCUCAGAGCACUGAGGCUCCACCUAGUACUAAUGAAGUUCACAUUUGACAUGUCCCAGGUCAAUGCUGAAUUACAGCAGACACACUAUCAAGAGCCACAGCAAAUACAGUGGCUCUUAGUGAUUAAUGAUAAAGAGUUCACUGAAAUAAUAGAAUCUCAUACAUUCAUCAUGCAACAUCCACCUUGCUUCAGGCAGGGCUGGUGUGGAUCUUAUACAUAG